CACACGGGAUGAGCGUCUGUUCCCGCGGGGAAAGUUUUCGAUGUUAUUUCUAGUUUUUCUGUACUGUUAACUAAAAUUGUAGUUCCAGUGGCAAUGAAUUGAAAUUAAUUGAGAUUCUUUCAAAUGUGACAACGAAUUUGUGAUUUCAAUGCCUGUGCUGAAUGCGUCGGCGAUGUGGUCUCGCAAGCACUCGGUAUGCAGUGCUGUGAGCGGGGCCUCUAAGUGUGACGACGACCUGGUCAAUGGGGUACAGCUGUACCCCUUCGCAAUCGCCUUAAGAGUCAGGGUGCUGCAGAUCGUGUGCGGGAUCGCUGGACUAGUCGUCGGAGCAGUCGGCUGGCUGGAGGAGAGGCAGAAGCUGGAACUGGGGUUGGGAGUUCCAGCUGGAGCCAUCACGGUGCUUGCUGCAGCAACAUCAGUAUACUACAGCCGUGGGUUCGGCGGUUGGGUGUCAGCAAGGUCCCGGUCCACCAGGGCCUGGGGCGCCCCGUGGCGGGCCCUGGGCCCCUCUCCCUGCGCAGCUGUACCACUGACAUUACUGUGGACAGCAGCUGUUGGGGCCCACGCUGCUAUGCUCGCGUUUUGUAUAAGAUCCCUUAUGAAUAUUGGCUGUGGAAGUACCACGUGUAUAGGCGUGGCAGGCGCCCAGCUGUCAGUCUCCAUCACGACCCUGGCUGCAGCAGUAUUUAUGCUUCAACUGGACCUGAGGUUCGACGCGUCGCUAUCCCCACCCCCGAGGCAGUCUGACACACACAUAUUCACUGCUGUAUCUAUGGUACCUUUAACAUCAGUGGCCAUCAACAGUGGUAACAGUGGGGAUGGUGGUACCGACCCCACCAACAGUCCCCUGAACAAGGAGAAGGACCUCCAAUUACCCAACGACCCGAACUCCUGAUCCAGCGGAUCGGCCUGAAGGAAGUUCAGUGCAAGGAUACAACUUAUGUGACUUUAAAACCAAAUAAUAUAAUAGAGAAUAUAAAUGAUACGAGAAACUUGCAUCGAAGAUUCAUUUUUCGUAUAGUCAUAGUCAAAAGUUUUAGACCUUUGACCAUGUCUAAAUGCGGAUGAACUAAAAAUAACUGGCAAAAGAACUUGAGUAGAUCAAAAGUAUUUGGUAUCUGAAACGAGGUAAUAAGCGAGACGGUAGUACUGACACUGCCAACAGUCCCCUGAACCAAAAAAAGGACCUCCAACUACUAAAUGAUCCGAAAUCCUUUUCCAGCGGAGCGGCUUAAAGAAAGUUAAUUGCGAGAUUUUCUGUGACUUAACAUAAUUAUAACGUAAACUAAAUGGAAUGGACUUUAUAAUAUUAUAAACUUGUGGAUCCGUUUGUAAUGUGCUGAGAAAUUGCAGGCAAAUAACUGAAAUAAUCUCUGGUAUCGUCACAGGCAAAAGUCUUUACACAAAAAAAAUUAAGUGACAAAAAGUGGAAACACAGCUUUUGAUCACUAAAGGUCAACAUUAUAUACUUUGUCUCGAAGUUGGUAAAUAGGUUUUGUUUGUAAAAAUACAAAAGGACAAAUAUUUUGGUAUCGUCAUAGUUAAAAUUGUUAACCGGUCAAUAUAUUUUUCGACCGUUGAGUUUGACAGAGAUACACCACUACCAGAAAGCUUGAGUCGUAUAACAAAAAUAAAUAAAAAAUAUUUUCUACCCUUGAAUGGAAGUUGAGAUAAAUUUUGACAUAAGGCAUCUUUCCAAUUCAAUAUAUCGGUGUAGAAGAAUAUAUUUUAAUUCGUGUACAAAAAAUAUAUGUAAAAAAGAUAACUGCUUUUUUGACUUAAACCUAGUUGAAAUAUUAGUAAAAUAUUCGAUAACUAUAAGUGCAU